AUGCAUCAAGAUGGGGGUAAUACGGGGACGAUUGAUUAUGCGGGACCUCUCGGCACCAACCUCGAUGUAACGAGUGCUAUCAGAGGACUUCAUAUUUUGCUUUGGACUAAGAGUGGACAAAUGAUUGCCGGGUAUACGAGCAUUGGUUUGACUGGUCUGAAGUGGGGACUGGCUGCUGUUGAUGACAGCACCUUGGAGGUUCAAAGUACCUGGUACCCGGAGACAGAUGGCCAAACGCUGAAUGUGGCCUACAUGGAACUACUCUUGGAAACUGAUCAAGUCGUGGUUACGUCUAAGGAAGGCCAGAUCUAUAUCGUGCAACUAUCCGUGACAGACGACGGCCCCAGCCUAACUCUGAACCGGACAGUUAAUUUGACUUCAGUGUUGGCACAGGAUGAACUACUUCUCAACGCCAUGUAUGACACGGCGGGUAACCUGUGGUUCACCAGUGGUGGUUUGCGAGCUCAGGGAGGACACGGAGACCCCGAACAAAAUUCAACCACGAUUGGGUACAUUGAACCAGAUGGCAAAAUUCAUGCACGACACCUCCUUAACCAAAUGGUCGAGAACGGCAUAGCUGUCAGCGGGACUACGGUCUAUGUGAUCACCGGCCCCUCCGGGACCAGCAGUCAUGCCAAUGCAACCGGCAACCUGUAUGCACUGGCUCCUGGACCUGGAGACUCAAUCAAAGAAUUGUGGUCUGUGCCGUAUGAGGCUGGCGACCUCCAGAAACCGGGCUCUUUUUCUCGCGGCUCUGGAGCAACUCCUGCACUGCUGAGAGAUCAGUACGUCGCGAUUACCGAUAAUGCCAACAGCCGAGUCAAUUUAGUUAUCUAUCACCAGGAACCGCAAACGGAUUCUGAACAGGUGGUUUGCAGCGUGCCACUCUUCGGUGCCGGAGCAAGUAACGUCGACAUCGCCCCACUGGCUCAUGGUGACGGAGACAGAUAUGGUGUACUUUUGUGCAAUGACUAUAAUGCGCCGCCAUUGUACUACUCUGAUUCUGCGGGUCUGAACGGUGACUUUAACAAUCUGACUCAGAUGGCUCCGGGAGUCGUCCGCGUGGACGUCGCUGCAGAUGGUAGGUCCUGUGAGAUUGCCUGGGAGCAGAAAGACCUCCGAAUCCAGUCUGUUCCGCUUAUCUCUACCAAGAAUGGUUUACUCUAUGGAUAUACGCAGGAUGUUGACCUGUCGCUGAAGGGCUUUUGGGAGUGGUAUGCUGUCGCGCUUGACUGGAGGACCGGUAAGGAGGUUUGGCGAGUCCGCACCGGCGCGGGUGGCACUUAUAAUGAUGAUUACCAACCUGGCGCAAUCGGGCCAGAUGGAAGUUUCUACCAGAGUGUCAUUGGUGGCAUUGUCAAGAUUCAUGAUGGGUCUCCAUGA